GAAAAGAAGCUGUGGAUUCAUGGUACGGUGAGAUCAAGGAUUAUGACUUCAAAAAGUCUGGACAUCAACCCAAGACGGGUCAUUUUACUCAGGUGGUGUGGAAAAGCAGCACUGAGCUGGGUGUGGGCAUAGCCACUGAUGGCAAUACGGUCUUUGUGGUUGGGCAGUACCGCCCAGCUGGUAACAUUACCAAUGCAGGAUACUAUCAGAAAAAUGUGCUCCCAAAAGGAACAG